UUUUAGAAACUAUUUUUGGGUUGACUGAAAGCUUUGCUCGUGUUACUAUUCGUCAAGAUGACUGAGACAUCUGUAUCUCCAGCCCCAGUUGAAGAGAAAGCUCCGGCCAAGGUUGACUCGCCUAAAAAAGCUGCUGCCAAGAAACCAUCAACGAAGGCAACUCAUCCAAGUGCUGCAGACAUGGUCACUGCUGCCAUCAAAUCUCUUGGUGAACGUGGGGGUUCAUCUCUUCAGGCCAUCAAGAAGUACAUCGCUGCAACCUACAAGGUUGAUGUUGAAAAGCAAGCACCCUUCAUCAAGAAGUUCCUCAAGGCCGCCGUUAUCAAGGGAACUCUGGUUCAAACCAAAGGAAAAGGCGCUUCUGGAUCAUUCAAAUUAGCAGCUGAAAAAGCUGCACCCAAACCAAAAGCUGCGAAGAAACCCGCUGCACCUAAGAAACCUGCAGCUGCCAAAAAACCAGCAGCCAAGAAAGCAACCGGUGAAGCCAAAGCUGCCAAGAAGCCUGCGUCGCCCAAAAAAGCACCAGUUAAAAAAUCUGAGCCCAAGAAGUCAGCAGCUAAAACUAAACCCGCUGCUUCUCCAAAAGCCAAGAAAGCUGCCAAGGCUCCAACAGCUAAACCCAAGUCGCCCAAGCCUAAGAAAGUUGCUGCACCAAAAACAGCAAAAGCUACAGCUAAGAAAACCGCAGCCAAAAAAUAAAUUUUCACUCAAAAUUCUUAGGAAUUUUUGAUUAUUUUUAAUACUUGAAGUAUUAAAGGUCUUUUUUAAG